GGAGACUAACUCAGUCAGUGUGAGUGUGAGUGUCGCUGGGUUAAGCGCUGGCUGUGGGGGUGUCCUGCUGUUCACUGAUGGAAAUGUGCACUUGCUUUACCUGAGAUGAUGAGCGACUCAUUCACGGACGAGCUUUGCAGGGGGCGAGCCGGUUCACAGGAAGUUGGUCUGUUCGAACUGGAUUGGUACCACCACAAUCUCUCUCGCCAUGCUGCUGAGGCCCUUCUCCUUUCCAAUGGGGAAGAUGGGAGUUACCUUCUAAGGAAGAGUCACGAUGGUCCAGAAUUGUACGCAUUGUCAGUAAGAGGCAAAGACUCCGUCAAACAUUUCCAGAUCGAGCGCACCAAAGACUCCAUUAAAUUCGGGUUUAAUGAAUUUCGCUCACUACCGGAAUUUGUCAGUCAUUUCGCCAAUCAGCCACUUAUCGGAAGUGAGACAGGUACGCUUCUUAUACUUAAAACUCCAUAUCCUCGGAAAGUAGAAGAACCUUCCAUUUACGAGUCUGUCCGGGUUCACACAGCCAUGCAGUCAGGACGCACAGAAAAUGAUCUUGUUUCUGAGGCUCGUUCAUUGGGCACAAAGGAAGGAUACCUUACGAAACAGGGAGGCAGAGUGAAGAGCUGGAAAACAAGGUGGUUUAUUCUACAUAGAAACGAACUGAAGUAUUUCAAGGACAAAAUGUCUACAGAACCAAUUAAGACUUUGGAUCUAACAGAAUGUACUGGGGUACAAUUUGACUACUCUCAAGAAAAGAUUAAUUGUUUCUGUUUGGUAUUUCCUGAAAGAACAUAUUACGUGUGUACAAAGACAGGAGUUGAAGCUGAUGAAUGGAUCAAGUUAAUACGAUGGAAACUGAGUCAAAUGAAGAAAGCAUCAAAAAGUUAAAAAUCAAAUCAAGAAUUACCAUCUCCAGUGAUACAAGACACCCAAGCUUUUGAUAAGAAACUUAUCGACAAAUGGAGAAGUUUGGAAGGAAAAUCCAUUAAUUAUGCUUUAGUUUUCCUUCUAUAAUUCUUUGAAAUUAGAGCACAAGUUUUACAUAGAUCUAACAAAGCUAUAACAAAUGCAAAGCACUGGGGGCCAUUUCUAGAGAAAUAGAAUUCAAAAAACGAAGUGAUGUUGAACUUAGAACCUACACUUAUGAGUACUGUGCGGUCCCUUUUAUUACUAAAAGGGAUACAGACUCGCUGGAGAAAGAAUGAUACCAGAGAGGCUACAACUGUACAGAAAGACUGAACAGCUUGGGGCUCUCUUUUCUCUCAAUAGGAAGACUGAGGCACAACCUUAUUAGAGAAACUUAGAAGAAACCCCUUCGUUAUUUAUCAAGUGUGUGGUGAGAAUGUGGAACUCACUAACUACCCUGGCAGAGGUGUAUUUGAGGAGAAGCUAGAUGAGCACGCAAAUGAGAAAGGAAUAGCUCAAGGUUAUGCUGGUACAGAGAGGAAGUAGGAUGAGAGGUGGCUUGUAUGGAGCACAAACACCAGGACAGGCCUAUUUCUAUGCUAUAAAUAAACUUUAUGUAGGUACAGUUAGUCAAAAUGGUGAAAAGGGUGAAGAUAUAUGUGUUUAAAUGCUACCUGGAACACACACAUCCCUUGCUGGCUCUACUCCAAGUGCAAACCACCACUUGCAAUGGAAGGAAAGUGAACAGCUUAAUCUAGGAAUAAUUCUUUGGCUACAUUCUUACAGAUGUUAUUUAAGGGGAGGUGGUGGCGUAGUGGUAUUGUCACUGGACUGGUAUUUCAGAGUCCCAGGGUAAUGCUCUUGGGACCUGGGUUCAAAUCCCACCACGACAGAGAGUGAAAUU